UCACAGGGUCUCCUCAUCUCUUCGACUCAUUCGUCCUUCUCAGCUCACGGAUGCUGCGUCAUGCCACCGUCAAAACAAGGCAAACUGCCGCCGUGCUUGAUUUCCUUGCACCAAAUGCAUUCGGGUACCGUCUUGGUAGCUCCAAGGUGCAACUGCAACAUUUGGUGACGAAACCAUCCAAAAGACAUGACAUGGAGAAACUCGCAGAAUUUCCAUCCUCCGUACGCACACAAAUUCCGGCAGUUCUUUGUGAUAACAUCAAGCAGCGUAUCAGUUUACUGAACCAGCCAGGCGUUGCUGCUGUCUCUGACCCGGAUAUUAACUUCUUUGACGAAAAGGUCGUCCAGCUUCGUCUCGCUCUGAAGGCUGGUGACAUCGCGCGAGUGGGAGAGCUGUGGUUGCAGUUGGAAGAUAGAAAGUUGCUGCGACUCCUCGGUCGAGAGUUGCGUGGGUUCUCCGAGCGCGCUGCCAGGUUGUGCAUCACGGACAACACUGAGCCAUGGGACGCAAACGAGAGGAAAGUCAUUGAGGGCAUAGCCAUUGCUGCUGCUUGUGAGGGUGCAGUCAAUGCCCUCACAACUUGUAUGAUCACACAUAUAAAGAGAGGCGAUUCGCAGGCAGUCCUUGACCUGUACAGACGUUUUCUGAUGCACUUCAGCAACCGGACCGCGUCCGAGCCCCUACCGUCCUCAACACGGGAAGAUUUUGAGGAUGCGAAUGGGCUAGCUCUCAAUAUUAUUGGCGAUCAGCCCUCCCACCUACCCAACUUCUCACUCGUCCUCGCGGCAAUAGUCGCACAUGCACUUGAAGAUUCAUUCGAGGGCGCACUGAAGAUAAUGCUUGACAAUCCUGUCCGCAUAAACCAGGCCGCCCAGAAGGAGUUCAUGGCUUCAUUUAAUGACGUCUCAUUCCGGAGAAAAGUUCAAAGCUACGUCGACCGCCUUGACAUCGCAAGACUUGUUUCUCGCCACCACUCACUCAGCACUCAUAUCGCAAAUCUCGCAAGCAAUCAGGAUCUUACACAGCUCCACAAGUUAUACCGGGCUAUCAUCGACGGUUUGCAUGGCCCAGAGUCAUAUCUCGCUGCCCGUGAUUCCCAGAAAUCUAGCCAGAGACCUGUCGUGGUCCAAGAGAUCACUUGGGCGGCGUUCUUGACAGGGUUCUUACAGUGCCACCGUCGGGAUCUGGCUGAGAACCUCUGGAAUGACAUACUUAAAAAUGGCAUCCGGCCUGGUGUCAUCACAUGGACAGCGCUCUUGGACGGGUUUGAUAGCAUGGGGGAAGCUGAUGCCGCUUCCACAAGUUGGGAUAAUAUGGUUUCCCAAGGCAUUCGACCGGGGAUUUUGACAUAUCGUGCUGUCAUCUCGACAUUAUUCAACGUACGGAGACCAGAUGACGCUAUCGAAAAAUUCGCGAAAUUUAAGCAAGAGCUUGCUGAUGGUUCGUUACCGGACAGUGGGGACGCUCUGCCUGUGUACAAUACAGUGCUGCACGGUCUUCUCAAUAACGGACGACCUGGUGACGCCGAUGCGCUGCUGCAACAUUUACGGCAGAAGGGUCCAAAGCCAGACAUUGUUUCCUACAAUACCUUCCUGCGACACCACGGCCGCAGAGGCGAAUUCCGUGCAGUGUCGGUGUUGCUUGAGCGCCUCCGAGAAGAUGGGCUGACCGGCGAUGCGUUCACGUUUUCCUCUGUACUUUCAGCUCUUCUCAAGGUUGGGCGUACUGACGCCAUCGACAUCGUACUGAGUUUGAUGAAGAAGCAAAAUGUGGAGCCUAACGUCGCCGUCUUCAGCGCGAUCAUAGACCAACAGCUUCGCGAGCCCUCGGAGCAAGGUCUCAGCACGGCAAUGGAGCUACUUCAAAAGAUGGAGACAAAUCCGGAUGCCCAACCCAAUGACGUGACAUACACAGGUGUGCUUGCGUCCUUGCACCGCCAGUCAUGGCCCAACGCCGCCCUAGCCGAGGAGUGCAGGAGAUACGUCCUUAAAAGGAUGAAGGAGCGAAACAUCCGGUCUAAUCGGGUGACCUACCACAUACUGAUCAAAGCAUGUUUGGAGAACCCGGAAGCAGAAGGAUUGCAGGGGGCAUUGAGCUACUACAAGGAGAUGGCAAACCGAAAAAUCCCAAUGAAUUAUGAUACAUGGUAUGUCCUACUACAUGGGUUGAUUUCGAGGGAGGAAUGGGCAGUUGCAGAUGAGAUGGUAGAGGAUCUCCUAAGGUAUAUCAAACCGGUUGGGGCAUUGGAGAGCCUGAUUGGUAGAAUUCAACGGCGGACAGCUUGGAGGAUGAAGUUAGGGCCAAAACUUUAUGUCUGACGUUGACCAUACCUACAAUAGAAUAUGCAUCGUUCAUCGCGAGAAGAAUGACCAUGCCAAAGGCUUCUCGCCCAUGAAAAAUGACUUGCCGAGACCGACACGAGUGUAACGACCGUACACUGCAAGACACAAUGUUGUUAGUGGAGAUGGACACAAUGUGUUUGCACAUACGCCAAUAACUACAUCUCCUGCCAAAGUACUUGCCUACCCAUGGUAGUAGCAAAACGAGUGCGAGCUGCUGAAGCUCCUCUAAACUCUCAUUCCACUCUUUCUCGGCCAAGCGGUAGUCUUCUUCAUGAUCAUAUGAAGAAUCUGACGAGGAGUCUAGAGAAUGGUCCGAGCGUUGCAUGCUUUACUUGUAGUGUCUUGACGGAUUGGGUCUCCAAAUGAGGGGUAGCUCUUAGUUAAUGGUGUUGCCACUUUGUAGUGUGGCGUUGCAUUUG